CUCUUCGGUCUAGGGAGAUAAGUUAUGCACUAUAUAAACAAGAAUUCUCAAAAUUGAAAAGAAAAUAAUCAAGUUAAUAUCGGAUAUGAUAAUUAAUUUCUAAAAAAAAAAUGUUUGGAAAGAAAAAGUCAAAAGAUGUUGGAAGGGAACCAGGAAAGCGCAAAGGAACUGAAUUAAUGAAUCAGGUUUGUUAUUUUGACACUACUUAAAUUUUUAAAAUUUAAUGAAUAGUAUAGUUUAGUAUAGCCUAGGCCUAGCCUACCAAGUCUAGGUAAUUAAAUAUAUAAAUAAAUACACGAGUCAUUGAGUCAUAGUACAUGAUUCGUAAAUAUAUUAACUAUAUUAUAUUAUUAUAUGAUAUUCAAUCAUACUACUUAAUCAUAAUAGUCAUAUAGUCUAUAGUUCCCUGACCCUUUCCUUUUUCCUUUCUUUUUAAAAUAAUAAUAAUAUCUUUAGACUUUAGUUUGUAGUUUAUUAUUCUAUAAUUUAAGUUAUUAAUUGAGAUUCUAGCUGAUUCAGAUUUAGCGGCCCGUGACGACUUUUUAGUGUUUGUUUUUGGAUUCACUCCCCUUAUUUUUUUGUGUCGACAUCAAUGUGUGACAAGGGGAGAGGGAUGUGUUUAAGCAAUGAUAGCAAUGUGACAUGACUUUAAAAAUGGAACAUUACUGUAACUGUAAAAAAUUGCAUGUAAUUACAAUGUAAUUUAAUUACAAUAACACUUAAUAUACAGAAAUUUUUUAAGUUUAUUCUUUUAUACCACAAUUAUAAUUAUUUUAUUUUGAAACCACAAUCCCUGAUACUGAGAGAAUCAUUACAGAUAUGUGAGUGUGAGGUCUGAAAAAUGGCCUCUGAUCAAGUUACAUGCCGCCACAGAGGAAAAUCGGGAUGUAUUGACAUUGACAUUGACAUUAUCUAACUAACUUUCUAUAUUGUACUAAAAUUUUUAGAAUGAUAAUUAUUCACUAUUUAGUUAUUGUCACAUUAUUAAUUUUUCUAACUAACUUUCAAGAAACAAGAAAAAUAUUACCAAUACAAUUACAAAUAAUGUGCAAACAAAAUUCACCAGAAAAAAUAUUUACUGCUGCUAAUCAAAAUGCAUAAAAACUGAUUUUUUUUAACACAGCAACAACUAGUAAUGGUAGCAAAUACAAUUUUCUGGGUCUUCGGCACCUCAGUGGGUACUAUGAGCCCUGUUUAAGAACCACGGUUCUAGGGAAAUAUUUUUGACACACGGGCAGUAAUUUGAUAUCCAUUGGAGGUGAAAUUUUUAAGGAUUUAUAUAGAAUGGUAAUGGACAGAGGGAUUUUUAUAAGGGGGUUGCAGAGGUUUGUGACAUUAUAUUUGAGGUUUGGGAUGUAACUUUUUGUGAUGCUUUGUGACGAUUGGGGGGAGUGGUCGAAAAUUGGCCAAAUUUGCGUGAUGUCAUUCGUGGAUGGUCCCUAUAGUCAGUUUAGGCCUACUGGCCCAUUACUCAUGAUCAUGAAUUUGAUUUGAACGUUUGGACUAGGUCUGACUGAGACUUACUCCUACUCCUAAUGUUAAUUGUCUAAUACUAACGGUAUUAGUGACUCAGAAUCACAUUCAUUUUAUUUUUAACCAAAACAAGGCAAAAGACAUCAAAAUAUUUUUCAUGGAUGGAUGGUCUGGUUACAUUUAAAUUUCUGAGAAGUGAGAAAAGUGUAAAUGUUAAAACACAUUGACAACAUUGAUUGGCCCACACAAAAAGAAAAAAAAAUAAGUUGAUUAUUAUGCUCCCAAAAUUAAAAGUAUUAUUAAACUACGCCUUGCAAAGUUAUUUAUUAUCUUUAUUUUAAGCAAAGCCAAAAUUGUAAUUAUCUGAAAAUAAAUUUUUCACUGUAACUGUUAAAUUGUAUAAUAUGGGCCUUUAUUAACUAUAUUAGAUAAUUCUUUUUCUUAGGUCUACUAGUUUUCAAGUUUUGUGGUAAUUUCUUGUGUACAUUGUUGUUUUACAAAGGGGCCUCCAUUAGGCUUAAUGUCAUUUAUAUAGAAAUGUUUAACCCAUGGGACUAUUUAACAAAGCCCUCAAUAUAAUGGACCAUUAUUUAUAAAAAAUAUUUAAAAUUGGGCCCCUAUUAUGGUUGAGGAGUUUAGGCAUAGGUCAGGCCCACUAUUGUAUGCUAUAUAUGAUACAGGGCCGUGUCAUGGAAAAGUGGAGCCCACUAAAAAGACUGAAAGCUACCACCCCCCCCCCCCACCGAAGUUUCAUUAUUAAAUCAAAUAUAAUAACGGCAUAAUAUAUUUUUUUGUGUUGUUUAAUAGGUUGAGGAGUUUAGGCAUAGGUCAGGCCCACUAUUGUAAGCUAUAUAAGAUACAGGGCCUGGUCAUGGAAAAGUGGAGCCCACUAAAAAGACUGAAAGCUACCACCCCCCCCCCCCAACGAAGUUUCAUUAUUAAAUCAAAUAUAAUAAAGGCAUAAUAUAUUUUUUUGUGUUGUUUAAUGUAUAUUUGACCAGCUGUCACAUAGGCCUACAUUGAAAAGUUAUUUACCUUCAUCUCUACGCCUUCAAAAUAAAAUAUUUCACUAAUGCCAUCUUUCUGGCACUAUUCUUAAAAGUGAAGGCCUGCUCUUUUCCACUUACCUCCUUUAUUUAUUCUCCCCAUAUUUCUAUUCAACUGUUUCUGAGUAGAAUAUAUAGAAUUAAGUCAAUUUGUUCAAAGUUUUAAUGUCUGAUAAUGCUAAAUAGUAGUAUACUACUAUUGAAUGGCAAAAUACAAUUAUGCUAAGAGUUUAUAUUCCUAAAAUCCUUUCUAUUUGUUUCACUGGGUCAUAAAUGCUGCCCCUCAAUAUAUAGAAAAAUGCCACCUUGGGCGGCCAAAUAAAAAGACGAUUUUUUCGCCCCUUGUCUUUGUGAAGUACAUGGGAUUUAAUAGUUAAAUUCACUAUUAACUUCCUAUCUAAAGGGGUUUUGGUGCCCCUUGAUGUUGGCAUCCUUGGUGUGUGCCCUUUUACACCCCCCCCACCCCAAAAAAAAAAAUUUGCAAGGCUAUGAUAGGCAUUUAGUUUAAAUAUCAAAGAAUUAUUUUUAUUCGAGAAAUUUUUUUAUUUUAAGAUCAUUAAAGUUAUAGGUAUAGUGAUCACCAAUUUAUUACAAAACAACACUUUAAACCUAUUUACUAUAUACAUUGUUCUUAUUACUAUUGUUCAGCACUGCAACUUUAUUCUAACUUUCUAUGAAUAGGUUUAUUAUGGAGCCCGUCCACCAUUUUACUUAAUUACUGUAUAUAGGUAUUUCGGUAAGAUCCGGGAAGUGCCGAAAACCGGGUAUCGUGAUUUCGUUGUCAAAAUGGCGACCUCCACUUUUUAAUUUACCGAGAGUCACGUUGUUUACGACUUUUUAACUAUAUAUAGCCCAGCAUGUUAAUUCUAUUUCCGCCCACAACUUAUAGUAGACAUGUUGUGUUAUGAUUAGACACUUGAGUCCCCCAAAAAAUUUUGGGGCUUCACUUUGAAAAUUGAAGGUAAAAUAACGCAAUUUUUACUCAUUCAUAUUUUUUUUGUGGAAAAGAACCUUUCAUAGAAUUUCAAGGACUUUAUAAAUAAUGGCAUUAACUACAACAUAUCCAAGACCUGUUAAUUUAGGACCAUCAGUUUGGUCAGAAAUUUCAUGGGAAAUUUUAGUCACGUGUGUCCCAAAAUUACCUAUUAUCGUUAAUAUUCGUUGCUAUGGUAAAUAACCUGAUUUACUCUGGAAAUCCAGACUAUUACCCCCUAAUAACUUAUUUAGAAAUAAAAAUAAAAUAAUUAAUAAAACAAACACAUAUUUUUAAUAUGAUUUGAUGCUUUUAUUGAGGGAUAUUAGGUUAAAAAAGCCUAAUUAAUUACAAUUAAUAGUUAACUAUUAGUUUUAUAUACUGUUGUUAUAUGUAUACUAUUAACUAUAUAUAUACAUAUAAUAUAUAUACAUAUAUAAUUAUACAUAUGUGUGUAUGUAUAUAUAGAGGCCUAGAAUAGUAUUACUAUUAUAAGUGUAGGCCUAUCCACCUCCCCCCACCCCCCCAUAGUUAUUUGUAGGACCCAUUAUUCAUUUAAUCACAUAUCACACUAUUCCAAAAGAGAAUUAUUAUAUAAUCCUCAGUAUUCUGAAAGAAAAAAACACACUUUCUACCACAAAAAUCCAAGAAUUACAUGAGAUAUUACUAAAAUUUAAUAAUAAAACAUUGUAAUUACCUCAAGCAAAUAACUAGAACUUAUUUAAAAUUCUAUCAACAGCUAAAGUUGAUUCUAAUAAUAAAUGUUGAUCUGUGAAACAACUGUACUAACUUAAAAUAAAUGACAUACUAUUUUUUGUCAUAUUCACACAUUCAUAUGGUAUGGGACUAAAAUACAUUAUAUAGAAAAUGGUAAAAUAAAAAGUUUAAUUGUCAAUUUUAACUUAUUGAAACAAAUAAUCCCUUUAUUAUUAGUAUAUACUUAUAAAUUUUAAACAAUUCCACAGAAAAUUUGAAAUUAAUAUCUUAAGAAUAUUUUAUUAUUAUUAUGAAUUUUGGGAAAUUGAAAAAAAAUAUUUAUACAUAAUUAAUUAAUUAAUUACGAAUAAGUGACGAGUCAGCAUAUUUUAUAUAUUUUUAAUAGGAAAAUAAUAAAGAUUUUUAAAAUAAUUUUUGCGGAAUAUUAACAAAAACUAACUUAUAUUUUGUGGUUUUAUUUAGAAGUACUCUAAUUAAAAUAUGUUCCCUGUAAAUAUUAUAUUUUUGUGUCAUUUUAUAAUAAAGUUAUAGGCCUUAAAAAAAAAUCAAAAUGAGGGUCACGAAAUGUGGAGGAAAAUCCCAUAGUAAAAAAGUGCCUUUGAGGUCCCUACUAAAAAUUUCAUAACUUUUGAACCACUUGAGCUAGAAAGUUGAUCUUGGUGUUUUUGUAAUCUAUUCUCCAGGCUCUAUACAGCUGUAGUGUUUUUAUAUUUCUAAAAAUGUUUUGAAAUUUUAAUCAAAGUGCCUACUGUAUAGAAAGAAUUUAAGCAGUGCACCUAAGAAGAUAAUUUAAAACAAUAUAAUCUUAAUGAAAACUCAGCAAAAGUUUACUUUUCAAUUCCUUCAUGUUAACUUUUCUUUUGUUCGUGGCUGGCAGAAUCAUUUCCUGUCAACCUAUCGAGCUAAAACUUGACCCAAAGACUCAUUGCCAAUGACAACACAUUCUUUUAAAUUUUCAGUCCCAACCCCCAAUCCCAACCUCCAAAAAUCAGUCUUUCCUGUUUUUCAAAGGGAAGAUGAAGGGAAUAUGAUGCCACUGAUUUCACAAAAUAAAAUUCCAGAUAACUGCCCGAAAUGAAAUUCUUUUUUUUUUAAAUAUUGCAUGUGCGUUCCUGGUGUGUAAUAUUUCUUUUGUUUUUCUGAAAUAGUUGGGGGAAAUAAAUAUACGGUGUAUUAGCAGGUGGGUCAUUAGAAUAUUAAUAUACUUUAGUGGCAUGAAAAAAAUGAGCGGUUGCGAGCCUUCGGGUGGGGAGCACUUACUGGGAUUUUUAUAAAGUGCGUUACUUGCAUGCAUGUUUUGUCAAAUUUUCAGCCCCACCUUCCAUUGCUAAAUAUGACAUUUUAUAAAGGAUUAAUGAGGAAAAAUUUGUUUUUAGGGGUUGUUUGAAUACUUUUUACUUAUACUACUCUGCUAUCCCUUUCACAAACACUUUGGCUCAUCUUCACACUAUCUAAAAAGAAAAUGAUGCAAUCUGUUUUUGUUGUAAAUACAUUAUCUUAAAUUUUUUCAUCUUUAUUUAUAUUUCAAUUUAAGCAUUGUCAAUACCUUUUUAUGGGUAAAAUUUGUCUGACUUUUUACUUUUAUGAUGCUCUGUGUUUGCCAAACUUCAGAAAAAUAUUUUAACAUUGACAUUACCAGGCAUUUUUCUUUUUUUUAACUCUGAAUCAGAUGGGAUUAGGUGCUAUUCCUGGAAUAGGUGGUAUUGGUGGGGCACACAAUGGAGACGAUGAUGAUGAUGAUUUGGAGGCAGAGCUUGCUGAACUGGCAGGAGAAGAAUACACACCUGCAAAGAAAUCAAAGGCCAAGAAACAAGGUUGAAAAAUAAUUAUCUUUCUUAUUUUUCAGUUUGAUAUUUUUUAUUUGCAUAAUAAUAUGAUAAUUUAUAAAAAAAUGUUAGUAUGAGACAGAAAUUAUUCAGUGAAUUUUUACAAAGAUUAUAUUUUCGAAAGCUCCCAUUUCUAUGGUGGACUUGGAGAAAUUAGCAAAAGCUGACAUAGAGGAACAUGAUGAUGUUUCAGACACAGAGGACCCAGACCUACUGGUAAGCUUUGAAAAUAUCUAAAAUAUUUUUUAAUCAAAAUUUGGCUUUUAACAUUUUAUAGUCACUGUUAGUAAUGUUGUAGCUAUCCAAUGGCUUCUUUUGUCUUUGACUUUAGCUGUCCAAUGGCUUAUUUUGUCCAUGACAUGAGCUAUCCAAUGGCUUCUUGUGGCCAUGACUUUAGCUAUCCAAUGGCUUCUUUUGUCCUUGACUUUAGCUGUCCAAUGGCUUAUUUUGUCCAUGACAUGAGCUAUCCAAUGGCUUCUUUUGUCCAUGACGUUCUUUUCUUGAGAAGGAUUCGACUACCUGUAUAUACCACAAUAUAUAAAGCUGAUAAGAACACUUAGACCAAAUAUUCUCAUUCUGUUGUCAAGCCGUGCUUUAGUCUGUUGUAAUUUUAAAAUAAUCAAUUCUUACUAAGAAUUAUGAUCCAGUAAGAUUACAACACAACUUUUAUCUUCUUUAUAUCUAUCUCUAAUGUCAAGAAUGGGUCUUUUAAUUAGCUUAUUCUGAAACAAAAUCUUUUUCACUCUCGUAUAUUCAGAUAUGUUAUGGCGUUUUGUUUGCAGUUUUAGUGUAAUGAUAAUGCCACUGAACUGUUUUCAUUUGUAAUCAUUCUCAAGGCAGAACUAGAAGGGCUUGAAGAUGAUGAUGAUGACAAUGAGCCCGGUCCAAGUCCCAACGGUGCCCCUUAUAAGGCAACCACACAGGCUGCCGCUCCACCACCUCAACAACUGUCCUUUCCUCAUCCUGCUGCCAAACCCAUGAUGCCUACCAUUAACCCAGCCACUGUGCCUCGACAACUGCCUCCUCAAGCAGCGCCAACCCCAGCACCAAGGCCUCUCCCCACACCAGCUCUUAGGCCAGCGGGCAAUGUGGGAGGGGCAGGAGGUAUGGCGGGAUUAUUGGAAGAGAGAUUGUCUAUGUAUAAACAAGCAUCUGCUGCUGCUAAAACCACCGGGGACAGUUCCAAGCAGAGACGACUUGAUCGUGGAAUAAAGGUAGCUUUAUUUGGACAUUUAUUUAGUCAGUUUCAUUCAAACAUAAUUUAGAUUUAGGUCAGUUUUCUUUGAAUUUUAUUUGAUCGCUGACCACAAUUCACUAUAAUGUGUAGUUCUUGUCUGGGAAUUGUAUACAAAGGUGAUGUCUUAUGUCUGAUGUUUUAUUUAUGUCUUACCAUUAAACCAGGAUAAGUUUGAACAAAAGAUGAACACAAUUCAGGAUUACUUGAAUUGUAAUAAAGGCAGACAAUAGAGAAAAAAAAAUUACUCUAGACAUAAGUAGUUAGUGUCCAUUCAAAACUCCAUUGUUUAAUGAGUAUUGCAUUUAUAAAAACUUGCACAGAUUUGAUGCCCUGUAGGGAAUCAAUCCUUUGAUUUAUAGAACCAGUUUAGAAUCGUUCCGUUUCUUUAGACUGGAUUUUAAAACGGUCAUGCUGUGAAUUUUAAUUUGAUACUUUCUAGACUCUGGCCGACCUUCUCCGUCAAGCGAAAGCUGGAAAACCCAUAAAUGAAGAAGAUAUUCCUCCCCCCGUAGCUAUGGGCACCAGCGUGGGACUUGAACCUUCUGCCAGUGGUACACAUGACACUCCUCCAUCUCAGGCACACUCUAGUAAUGGUAAGCUGAUAUUGGCAUGAACAGUGUAUAGUUUUCCUAAUCUGGAGGAUAAAUGAUUUGUUAUUGGGUUUUUUUUUCUUCAGAUUUCCAUAAAACAACAUUGACCAUAAUUGACAGUGUGUACAGGAAUCCACAAUGAAUGCAAACCCCUAAGUUUUGUUUGAAAAAAGCCCUAAAUUGCCCUGUCCACUUAGGUUAUCUGUUAAUCGUGUCCCCUAACAUGUCUGGCCCCCCCUCCCCCCCUCCUUUUUUUUUUUUACUUUCGCCCAGAUAAGAGAAACAUCAAGUUAUAGAAUAAUGAACUCUACUUUGUCCUGUAGAAAAAAGCCCUAAAUUGCCCUGUCCCCUUAGGUUAUCUGUUAAUCGUGUCCCCUAACAAGUCUGGACCCCCCUCCCCCCCUCCUUUUUUUUUUUACUUUCGCCCAGAUAAGAGAAACAUCAAGUUAUAGAAUAAUGAACUCUACUUUGUCCUGUAGACAUUACAUUAUUUCUAUGGAGUUAAAUGCAAUUGGUUACAUCUGUGCAUUUAAAUACAAUCAAUUACUUCUAUUUCUAUGGAUUUAAAUGCAUUCAACUUACAGGAAUCUGUAUUUUUAGAGCUGGCAUAACUAAUAGAUGAAUUAUCAUUAAUUACAUCAAAGUUGCGAUCGAAUUGAUCAUCUGAAUCUAUUUUUGACAAAAUUGCUAUUCAUCGGUGUAACAACUAAAGAUUUGAUAAAAAUCCAAUUUUAAUAAAGUUAUUUUCAUUUAAAAGUUGUGAUUUAUUCAUUUAAUAAAGAACGAAACAAGUUUAAGGGAACGCAACAGCGAGCUGGAGCAUAGAUACAUUUCUCUUGAUGUGUUGUGUGAAUAUAAAGUGCUAGUGAAAAAAUUGCAUACACUUGCAUGCAGUGUGAUAAAUUAAUAGCUGCGCAAUUCCGCUUCAUUCAAGUUAAAAUAACACAUUACAAAAUGGUUAAGUUUACUACACAUACAUAUCCUUCAAAUACAUUGUUUGCGUUCUAUAAAACAAGUAAAAAAGGAACAUUGUUACAAAUUGAAUACUUAUAUUAGCUUAUUAGGUUCAAUAAUUUCUAUACAAACAACUGAUCAACUCAUUCUUUUGAUAGCAGUAUCCCCAGCAAAUUCAUCAGUGACUCCACCAGUUCCUGCACCAGCCACAUCUGGGAAUAGUGAGUAUCUAAAUAUGACAUUUGACACUGGAUCUUUGUGAUAGCAUCCAACAAAUAAGUAUUUUUCAAAGCAAUUUUCCUCAAACAAUUCUAAAAACUAUGUUAGUUGAAUAUGAAGAUAAAAACAAUAAUUGAGAAUGCUCAAGAUAUUUAGGUUUAUUUUUUAUUUUUUUACAAUUUGAAAAAAGCCCCAAAAAUUUCAGGGAAAUGCACAUCCUUUUCCAGAUUAUCUACUUUAAAAUGUCAGGCAAGUGGACUUAAUUUUUGCAAAUCCUAUUUGUAUCUUCAUGAAUUGUUUCCAAAACUUGACACCAUAAGGACUUAUCAUAAACUGUGCUUACCAUUCCAUCGAUCUUGACAUUUAGACACAAGGCAAGUGUUGCUGGCCAGAAGAGAUGAGUACAGGAAAGCUGCACUAAUUGCUAAACAAGCAGGGGACAUGACUCAGGCUGGCAGCUAUGUCAAGAUUGCCAAGGUCAGCACUUGGCCUUUAACAAAACAUUGGUUUUAGCAACUAGGGUUUCUUGAGUCAAAUACCCAAAAGUAUCAGAUGUUAUACAAAUAUGGGAUUCUUGAGUCCAAUGGUAUAAGAUGUGUAACAAAUAGGGGAUUCUUGAGUCCAAUGGUAUAAGAUGUGUUACAAAUAGGAGAUUCUUGAGUCCAAUGGUAUAAGAUGUGUUACAAAUAGGAGAUUCUUGAGUCCAAUAGUAUAAGAUGUGUUACAAAUAGGAGAUUCUUGAGUCCAAUAGUAUAAGAUGUGUUACAAAUAGGGAUUCUUGAGUCCAAUAGUAUAAGAUGUGUUACAAAUAUGGGAUUCUUGAGUCCAAUGGUAUAAGAUGUGUUACAAAUAUGGGAUUCUUGAGUCCAAUAGUAUAAGAUGUGUUACAAAUAGGGAUUCUUGAGUCCAAUAGUAUAAGAUGUGUUACAAAUAGGAGAUUCUUGAGUCCAAUAGUAUAAGAUGUGUUACAAAUAGGGAUUCUUGAGUCCAAUAGUAUAAGAUGUGUUACAAAUAUGGGAUUCUUGAGUCCAAUGGUAUAAGAUGUGUUACAAAUAUGGGAUUCUUGAGUCCAAUAGUAUAAGAUGUUAUACAAUUUUGAGAUUCUUGAGUCCAAUAGUAUAAGAUGUGAUACAAAUAUGGGAUUCUUGAGUCCAAUAGUAUGAGAUGUUAUAAAAACUAGGGUUUCUUGAGUUAAAUAGUAUAAAAAAUUUUACAAAUGGAAUUGAUGGGCCUACUAGUUUAAAAACUUUUCAUCAAAUAUAACUUUGGUAACUCUUGGAAAGCCUCCAUUGUAAUUUUUAACUUUGUUAUGUUGCCCAGCGUUUUGAUACUGUGAUACAAGCCGUUGAUGAAGGCAAGAAUGUUGAUUUGUCACAGAUGCCACCACCACCGGCCGAAGUUCAAGGUCAGCUUCAUUUUACUCUGGCGAUUUUAAAGAAAAAUGUGUUUCUUAAAAUAAUUUCCACCAAAAAUGACAUGACCUUAUUUGCAUGAAGAAUUCCGUUCUUUGUUCAUGCAGGGGCAUCUGUGCAGUCUGUCAAUAAGCCGCAGGUGAACACAGCAGUUCAAAGGUCAAGCAAUCAAGCAGCUGGAGAGGAGACGGAACCAGAGUUGCCAACAGUCAGUGCCGAACGUGAGUGUCAGGUGGAUGUGUAUGUGUUGGUCAGAUUUGUACGCAAUAGUUGGAUAUGCAUCUUUCAGAUGUGUACUCAAUAUUUAGAUGUGUAUGCAAUAGUCAGAUGUGCCUUAGUCAUAUGUGAAAGUAUCGGUCAGAUGUGUAAGUAUUAGUUGGAUGUGUAUCAGUCAGAUGUGCAAGUAUCUGUCAGAUGUAUAAGUAUAGUUUUCCAUUUUAUUACGUAGGAUAGUUUUACAUUUUAUUAUGAACAAAAGUUUCAUAUGUUAUGAUGUACGAUAGUUUUAUAUUUUUUUAUGUACAAUCGUUUUAUAUUUAAGCAAUUAAUAUUUGAUUAUUAAUGAUUUUUGGUAUGGUGUCUGCCUCUAAAAAGAGUCGUGAUUUCCCAAAUGUUUUUCUCUCCUUUGAAAGUUGGGGGAUUAGGGGAGAGAAUUACAAGUAAAUGUUGAGUCAUGUCCCAUAUUAUUACAGAAGAAAAAGCCAUGUUUAAUGCCCCAGAUGCUCCAAAGACGGUAAUGGAAGCUUUGACCCAGAGACUUGAGAAGUACAAAUCUUCUGAAAGUUCAGCUAAAUCUGAGGGAGACUCGGGCAAGGCAAGACGAAUGGGAAGGAUAGUUAAGGUUUGUGAGACCUACUUGGGAAGGAUAGUUAAGGCUUGUGAGAACUACUUGGGAAGGAUAGUUAAGUGACCUAAAUGGGAAGGCUAGUUAAGGUUACUGAGACCUACUUGGGAAUGAUAUUUAAGGUUUGUGAGACCUAAUUGAGGAUAGUUAAGGUUUGUAAAACCUACUUGGGAAGGAUAGCUAAGGUUUGUGGGACUUAAUUUGGAAGGAUAGUAAAGGUUUGUGAGACCUACUUGGGAAAGAUUGUUAAGGUUUGUGAGACCUACUUUGAAAGGAUAAUUAAGUUUUGUAAGACCUACUUGGGAAGGAUAUUUAAGGUUUGUGUGACCUAAAUGGGAAGGAUAGUUAAUGCUUGUAAGACCUACUUGGGAAGGAUAGUUAAGGUUUGUAAGACCUGCUUGGUAAGGAUAUUUAAGAUUGGUGAGACCUAAAUGGGAAGAAUAGUUAAGGCUUGUGAGACCUACUUGAGAAGGAUAUUUAAGGUUUGCUAGACCGAAUUGGGAAGGAUAGUUAAGGUUUGUAAGACCUACUUGGGAAGUUGGGAAGGAUAGUUAAGGUUUGCGAGACCUACUUGGGAAGGAUAGUUAAGGUUUGUAAGACCUACUUGGGACGGAUAGUUAAUGUUUGUGAGAUCUACUUGGGAAAAAUAGUUAAGGUUUGUGAGACCUAAUUGAGGAUAGUUAAGGUUUUGAGACCUAAUUCGUAUGUGUAGUUAAAGUUUGUGAGACCUACUUGGGAAGCAUAGUUAAGGUUUGUGAGAACUACUUUCUACUCUUGUUUUCUGUACUUCCUUUCCUUGAUGCAAAUAUUUGACUAUGUAAGCUUUAAAAUCUCAAUAUAUCAGAUGCCCUGAUAAUCUUUGCUACAAUUUUUUAUGACAAAUGAUCUGUCCUACACUGUAUGGAACCAAACUUGCUCUGUCUUUGUGGUUUAAGUGUUUAUAAAAAGGCAUCAAUUGUAUAUAUUUAUCCUAAGUUUCUAAUCCUAAUGCAGUUAUUAUGUUACAUUUGAUUAUCUCUAGCAAUAUGAGGAUGCUAUCAAAAUGUACAAGGUGGGGAAGCCAAUAGAGCUUGAUGAGCUGCCAACACCACCAGGCUAGUUCCUUUAUUUUUAUUCUUAACAUUUGGAGGCUACAAAGCUAACCUAUCUAAUUUAUUGUUUCAUUGUUGUUCACUUUUCUAAUUUAUUGUUUAAUUUUUAUAAUGUCAACAAAUCAAUGAUUUAGUUUAUGCUUGAAUAGUUUCAGAAUAAAUUUUGGUGCUGAGAUGGUUUUUUCUCCGCAGCUGUAGUUAUCAUUUAUUACUUUCAGGCUACGCACCCAUUCCUCAGGACAAACCAAGCUCCGUGCCCUCUGCACCUCAGCCGAGGGCACCUGCCCCUUCUUCUGCUGCACCGCCUGUGGCACAAAAACCAGCAACAUCCCCAAGCGUAGCAGCCAGACCAGCCGGACCGCCCGCUGUGGCAAACAAGCCAGUCACGGCACCGGCUGUGGCGGCCAAGCCAGGAGUUCCUCAAGAAAGGGCUGCUGCCCAGCCGGGACCAUCAUUUGGCCAGCAGCCCGGGCCAUCGUCUGGCCCUAUUCAGAGACAAAAUGGUCAGUGAUUGUCUUACAUUUCUUAUAUAUUUUGGUGUGACUGCAUCCCUUUCCGGAUAUGUCGCAACUGCGUUUGGUGCGUAAUAUUUUCUUUUCAGAAAAUGAAAUUGUCUCAAUUUAAAUCAUGCGUAAUAAAUAUUCGGUUUAAAAGUGGUUGGGACAUGAGAAUAUUAAUAUAGUUCAUGGGCGUGAAAUAAAAAGUGUGCAGUGACGUAUCAUGGGGGAAGGGGUGUAGCUAAAAUUGGGAUUCUUAAAUGUGCGUUACUUGAGUUCAUGUUUUUUCAAGUGACUUUAGUAGAUGGGAAGACAACAAACUGCUGUCACCAAUGUUUGGCCAGCUGUAACUAGAUUUAUAUAAUUGUUUUUUUCUUAUCUUAUAUUUAUAACUCUUUUUGCAAUAUUAAAUUCAAUCAAAUUAUAACAAAAACAGUUUUUUGAUAAAGUAUGAAUAAACUUAGAUUUUAAAAAGACAUCAUGAAAUUCUAACUUGGAGGUAAAAAAAAAAAAAAGCUUACUUUUUAAUAAAUACAAUGCAAUAAAUAGAAUGCCUUGCUAACGUUAUUAAAUUAAAUUUUGUGUUGACCUAAUUUUAGAUAUAUGAGUAUAUAUAAUUCCUACAAACUCCCGCAGUAAGUAAGUCUAAUUCUUGGCAGUUUGUAAGGCUCAGUCUAUGUAUGAUUUCCACUUGCCGGCAACACUCAGUCUAAAAAUUAAAUUCAGCAACAAUGCUAGGUUGAAAAUAACUAGACCUCUUUACUUACAAUUACAACUACACAAUUAUAAGUUUAUAUGGUCAAAAGGGACAGCUGCAUUAGACACAUUAGCACUCAAUACUGAAAUACCAUGACUGAACUACAAUGACUAACAAGAACUGUCCAUGCACUGCAAGAGCUCUCCGCGCACUAUGGCCACUCUCUGAACUCAAACAGCACACUACCAACUAUCCUCGUGCUCCCAACAUAUAAACAUUCUGACAUGUUAGUUGAUAUUCAGACUUCAAAACCCACCUCAGUCUAGCCCUGGCAAUACUAUUCAAACCAUAAGUCUUGAGCAAACAUCCACAACACAAAACAAGCUCAUAAACCAGGUCAUAACAGAUAAGAUAUGAUUUAUAUCAUAGAAAACACUCCUAUUUAUAAAUAUUGUAACAUCACAAUAUUAACCUGCUUUUACAAUGACAAGUAAAGUUACAAAUAUCAGAUGAUUUCUGAGUAAUGCAAUGAACGUGGCAAUGUACAAUUAUAAGAUGAUUUCUGAGUAAUGCAAUGAACGUGGCAAUGUUAUGCCACUGAUUGAUUCAGACACUCUGCACCAAGUUAUCAGUUUUAAUAUUACACAUAUUACUACACAUAUUAUUACAUAUAUCCACAACACAAAACAAGCUCAUAAACCAGGUCAUAACAGAUAAGAUAUGAUUUAUAUCAUAAAAAACACUCCUAUUUAUAAAUAUUGUAACAUCACAAUAUUAACCUGCUUUUACAAUGACAAGUAAAGUUACAAAUAUAAGAUGAUUUCUGAGUAAUUUAAUGAACGGGGCAAUGUUAUGCCAUUGAUUGAUUCAGGCACUCUGCACCAAGUUAUCAGUUUUAAUAUUUCACUCAUUUGAAAAUGUAUUAUGUCUAAAUGUAUGACAUAAGUAACCAUAAAUAUCUUAUGUAUCACAUAAGUAAUACUGACAAAUAAUAAUGAUUAAUAGCAUAAUCAUGAGGUUAUAUGAAACAGCUUGCGAUAGAAAUAGCAGAGCUAAGAGAUUUAAAAAGUCAUUGCUCAUCAAAAGCAUGCGGCGUCAGAUUCAUGAUAUAUAUAUAUAUAUAUAUAUAUAUAUAUAUAUAUAUAUAACUUAUAUUGUGUAAUUAUAGUUCUAAUAAAAUUGUCAGCGUGUAAAAUGUUCACUGUAUACAAACGCGGGAAGGAAACGUCUCCAUUCAAGGCAGGAGCNUAGACAUACUAAGGAUGAAGGUAGACUUAAGAUAGACAUACUAAGGAUGAAGGUAGACUUAAGAUAGACAUACUAAGGAUGAAGGUAGACUUAAGAUAGACAUACUAAGGAUGAAGGUAGACUUAAGAUAGACAUACUAAGGAUGAAGGUAGACUUAAGAUAGACAUACUAAGGAUGAAGGUAGACUUAAGAUAGACAUACUAAGGAUGAAGGUAGACUUAAGAUAGACAUACUAAGGAUGAAGGUAGACUUAAGAUAGACAUACUAAGGAUGAAGGUAGACUUAAGAUAGACAUACUAAGGAUGAAGGUAGACUUAAGAUAGACAUACUAAGGAUGAAGGUAGACUUAAGAUAGACAUACUAAGGAUGAAGGUAGACUUAAGAUAGACAUACUAAGGAUGAAGGUAGACUUAAGAUAGACAUACUAAGGAUGAAGGUAGACUUAAGAUAGACAUACUAAGGAUGAAGGUAGACUUAAGAUAGACAUACUAAGGAUGAAGGUAGACUUAAGAUAGACAUACUAAGGAUGAAGGUAGACUUAAGAUAGACAUACUAAGGAUGAAGGUAGACUUAAGAUAGACAUACUAAGGAUGAAGGUAGACUUAAGAUAGACAUACUAAGGAUGAAGGUAGACUUAAGAUAGACAUACUAAGGAUGAAGGUAGACUUAAGAUAGACAUACUAAGGAUGAAGGUAGACUUAAGAUAGACAUACUAAGGAUGAAGGUAGACUUAAGAUAGACAUACUAAGGAUGAAGGUAGACUUAAGAUAAAACAUUAAUAUCGUGAACCUUGAACUACUGUUAACAAGUUACCUAGUGGGUGAGGUAAUGAUUGCUUGUAAUCUUGUUGUAUCCUAGUGGGUGAGGUAAUGAUUGCUUGUAAUCUUGUUGUAUACAACUUUUGUUUUGUUUGUGCUAGUGAUUACGCCAUGUUUAUUGAUGGAGAUGAUGAAAUUGAUGAAAUUGAUGAUUUUCCAUGUCAAAUACAUUAUUCAUUUUUAAAAAACUCCUUUUUUUUUUUUCCAAUUUGUCUGAUUUUCUUGCCAGGGUAUUGAGCCCAUGAUUGAAGCAUGUGAAAGUGGAUUGCCAGUUGAACUAUCUCAGGUUUGAUUUUCAUUGUUUUAUAAACUUUUUCCAUGCAAUCUUUUUUUUUCCACUUUUAAUCAAGUUUUUUUUUUUUUUUUUUUAAACUAUUUGUACAUAACUGAAAUAGCUAUAAAUGGUUGUAUUUGUUCAAGUGCCAUGUUUACAGUUUGCCCUUUUCUAGCUUUGAAUUUAUUUUAGUUUUUUUUUUUUUUGUUUUUUUAUUUUUUUCCUUGUAUUUUUUUUUUUUCUAUUUUUAAUUAAGUUUUUUUUUUUUUUUUAAACUAUUUGUACAUAACUGAAAUAGCUAUAAAUGGUUGUAUUUGUUCAAGUGCCAUGUUUACAGUUUGCCCUGUUCUAGCUUUGAAUUUAAUCCUAGGUUCCAGAUUCCCCGUUUGCUGGGGAUGCAGAAGACAAGUUUGUGAUCGUGUCAGCAGAGGACUGUCAACCAACAGGUGACAGGGAAGAGGUCUACAAAAAUUUAACAGAAGACCUGAUCAGACAAAUCGGGGUCAGUGAAUCACAUGGCAUUGUUAUAAAAUAGGCAAUAAAAUAAAAGAGUUUUCUCAUGUAAAUGCUUUUACUCCCAAUCAUGAUGUUUGGUACACCUGUCAGUAUAAUCAAAAUAAUGUCCCACCAUUUUAUGAUCAACUUUAUUUGCAGAUAUGUGUCACCAAUGCCCAACAUUACCAAAAGUUAGGAGAUGUCCCUGCUGCAUCAAAGUAAAUAUCAUUUGUUAUUGUCUGCUCAAAUUAAAAAAAAAAUCUCAAUAGAAAUUACCAAUUUAAGAGUGGAAAGGUCCUUUACGGUAGAGUCAGGAAUUUCAUUUAAUUUUUUUUCUAUUAACUUGAGUGAAAGCAAAUUUGUCUUGGAACAUCAAAUUGUUUUAAUCAGCAUUAGAAAUAAAAAGACUUAAAGGUGGACACCUGCUAAUUUAUUUUUAUUAAUGUUCAUUGAAGAUUUGAAAAACUGGAGCAAAACAACCGCAGAGAUUUAGAAUCCUUGAAAAGUGCCCAGCGUCAUGGAGACCCAGCUCCAAAAUUUCAUUAUGAAACAAAAACAUUUUCUAUGGUGCAGUGAGUAUUCAAUGUUAUUAAGUUUUUCUAAAAAUGUUCACUUACUUGGAUCACUCAGAAAAUGUUAUGAAAAAAUCAAGGGUUAUGUCAUCCAAUAUGUCUUAGAGGUGUUUUCCAAACUAAAGGAUUCAUCCCCCCCCCUCCUCAUGUUUAUAUGAUUAUAUAAUCUAGGUAUACAUGAUGUUGUCUAGGUCCAACACAGAUUUAGGGGAUGCUGACCUGGAGCUGACCAUUGUUAGGGGAAUCCAGUAUAAUCUGCCCUCAGGUCAGUUAGCUAACUUUAUCUUUACAGCCGGACUGCUUAAGUUAACUACUAUGACAACUUUAUUCAAAUUUCAUUCAUUUUUUUUUUCUUUUAUAAAAAAAUGUAUAUGUCAUUUCUAAUUAGAGUUAUGCCCCUUUGACUUGGCAGACGUGAGUUUUUUUAACGUCAAGUAGAAGGUUAGGCAGGCUUGGGAUAACAGUUUUAUAUUAAUUACCUAUUUAAACACAAUUAUACAACGUCUCUUAUAGUCUAAAAUCUCUCAUUCUCUCUAUCUGUCUCCGUCUGUCUGUCUCAUUCUCUCUAUCUGUCUCAAUCUGUCUGUCUCAUUCUCUCUAUCUGUCUCAAUCUGUCUAUCAGAAGUAGGGCAGUCUGUUCAUAGGAACCAGCUUAAAACAUUCUAGUCAAGAAAUUCUAGAAAUUGCAUAACCUAUUUGGAACAAAUGGAAUGCAUUCGAAUGUAAACAACUUUUUCCCAGCCAAGAAAAGGGUGGUCAAGGAAGGAGUGACACAAUAUCAAGGCCAUACCAGCAGGAGAAAAGUGUGGUGGCAAAAAAGCUCUAUGUUGAAGUGAAAAAAAUUAGGACAAGCCAAAUACUAUACUAGGCUAUAAUUUAUAAUAUAACAGUAACUAUGUUUCUUUCUUAUUACCCCUGUAUAAUAUUAUAUAUAUGGGACCAGACUUUGGUUAGAUAACACAACUCAAGAAAAGCAUUGAUUCAACUAAUUUAUCCUUUUAUUCAGGUAGUUCAGAGAAAGACAUGGACACAUGCGUCAAGUAUGAACUAGCAUACCCAACAGUAAGUAUUGCUCAACACUGGACUUUUAAAAUGGGAAGUUAGGUCAAAUAUAUUCUGGAGUCUUUUAAAUGGAUAAAGUCCCGGUAGGUAUUGCUCAACAUGAGAUUUUAAACAAAAAUAGAGUAUAAAAUAUAUUCUCAAGUCUUUUAAAUUGAUAAGAUAAAAAUUGCAGAGGACUAACAAUAAAGAACCAGUGGAUACCAAGAUAAAGUAAGAGUAAUUGUGACUAAUCUUAAGUGUGCUUCACAAGAUCUAGUAAGAGCAAUUGUGACUAAUCAUAAGUGUGCUUCACAAGAUAAAGUAAGAGUAAUUGUGACUAAUCAUAAGUGUGCUUCAUUACUGCAUCUAUUUAUUUUAUCACAGGAACAGCCGCAGACCGGUGGUACAGCCACAGUGAAAAAUACCAUUAACCCAGGUCAGGAUUUACUAUCUAGGCUUUUAGACUUUAACUUAAUGAUUGCUUUUUCCAUUUUGUUCCCAAAUUUAGUAUUAAAAGAUAUUUCAAUUGAAGUCAUUGCUUUAUAGUGCAAUGGUUCUGAAAAAAUGCUUGGUGUGGAAAGGCUUAAUUUAUAAUUAAUGUGGUAAUAAGUAUUAAAUAAUAAUAUGCUAUCUAGACUUUUGAAGUAAAUUUAUUGUCUGUCUUUUCUAGAAUACAGUGAAACUUUUAAGUUACAAAUCAAUCGCAAGUCAAAAGGUCUGUUUCGGUUUGUUGAAAGGAAAACCAUCAAAUUGGAUGUCUUCAUCAAAAGGUACUGUCAUUUAGGUCUUGCUCUUACUCCAAGUUGGUGUUGUCCACAAUCCAUCUCACCAAGCAUCUGACAUUAUUUUACUUCUUUUCCUUGUGAAACAACAUCCAGCAGAAAUAAACAUCUAUUUUAUCUAUGAUGUCACAUUUAAGUGAAGGUUUAUAGAUUUCUAUUAUAAAUAUUUUUUAAUAGACAAAUUUGAGCAACUUUUGUUGUUUUUUUGUUUUUUUUUAAAACAAAUAUUACGUAACAUUUUUUUCUCUAUGCUGCUGUGGUCUUUAAUAUGUUUGCUUUUUUUCUCCAGGGGAUUUUUCAAGGGAGAAAAACUUUUGGGUACAGUUAAUGUAAAGCUGCAACCUUUGGAAGAUAAAUGUACAAUUCAUGAAAGCUAUGAUGUGAGAUUUGUAGUUAAGAUAUUGUUUCAUCUCUGAUAAGUUGAAUAAAAUAUUGCAGUGCGAAGUAGUCUCUUAAUCGUCUUAAAAUGAACAAAGAUAAUUUUUCUGAUCCUCUAGCUGUUUUUAGGCAUGUGCACACUGCCUGAGGCAGUGGUAAAAAUUUUUGGAGGUCUUCUGCAGAUGGUAUCUGCUUAUCUUGAUCUAAGAAAAACUUGUUAAUGGUUAUCACAGCAAUUAUUAUAUAAAUAAAAAAAUUAUAAAUAAUGUGACUGUUAUUUAUUUUUAUAUAAAUUUUAUUUUUAGUAAGUUAUUUUGUGUUAUUGAGAACUUAACGACUCUAUCCUUUUAGUUGAUGGAGGGGAGGAAGACUGUUGGCGGCAAGCUGGAGGUUAAAAUCAGGCUGCGAGAUCCCUUGAAAAAUAAACAGGUGGACGAAGUGAAGGAAAAGUGGCUUGUGAUCGAUCAAUUUAUUAGGACAGUGGGCUCUAAGGUAAAUAAGUUCUUUAAUAUUUAGUUUGGCCAGAUAUUUUAUGGUUGUUCAGCGUAAAUAAAACUGACAGCUCUGUGAAUAAUAACGACUUAUGUGUAGCGAGUCGUGGAUUGGGUACAUAAGAUGUAUGAAGGCUGAACCAUUUUAUGAUUUUUUUUUUAUAUCAAGUUCACAGAGAAAUAACCAGCUAUUUUAUUUCAAGAAAAAAUUCCCGAUGUUUCCGUAUUUUUAAAAUCGGAAAUUCAAAAUCCGCUGAUAUGCACAUGUCAUAUGAAUAUUACAAUUAUUAAAGUCUUUAAACUUGGAUCAAGUUGGAAUCUCAGAAACAAUUAGUAAUGUAAAUUUAUUAUCUUUUCCUCACAAAAAACAUAGCCAAGAGUUUUUUAACUAAUAAAAAAUUAGCACUGGCUAAACUAAAAAAAAAUAUGCAUUGAUAUCAAAAACAAGGUAUUUUUUAAAAAUCCUUAUCGUCAUAUCAAAAACGGAAGAAUAUGGAUCCAUUUUCACCAAGAUGGCGGAGGCUUUGGUGUAUCUGCAUACUGCCAUAGGAAACUCAUCAACAUAAUCAUAGGGAAUAUUGGUCUUACACAUUCUUAAUUUAUUUUUGCUUCUGUUUAUUUCAGAGUCAAGCUGAAGUGAAGGUCAGUUUCUUUAUGAUGUUUAUUUUUACUUUUUGCCAUAUUUUAUUCAUUUAUUUGUUUUCGUGGAUAGAAAAAAUAAAAAUAAAAAUUGAAUGAUUAAGUUUUAAAUAGUGCUGUCCAUAUUUUUAAUAAAAGUCAAACCUGGUGAUCCUCAACCAGGUCCAAGUAGGGAAAAGAGACAGAAAAGAGAAAAAACAAAGGAUUUUUAUUAUUAAUGAAGUUUGAUUGAAACGGGACUCUUUCGUAUUUAAUUGCUUUAGUGUAUAUGUAUUUUAGUAUUAAGCAAUGUAUACAUUAUUUUAUACAACCCCAUCAAUUAAUAUUUUAUGCAAAUGACAGUAGCAUUUUUACUCAUGGAAAUAUAUUAAUAAUUUGUCCUUUAUUUAUAAUGGGAAAAAUUUGUUUGGUAUAAAUCAAGGAUCUGAGAGGGAUUAAGGGCGUACACCAAGGUACCACUGUCCUAGAUUUUAAGAUAAAUGAACUUGGUGAAGCUUUGACUAAAGACAACAAACUUGUGAGAAUUUAGGGUGAAAACUGUCUGACAUUCAUAUUUUAUUUUCACCAUUAUAGGCUCCCAAGACAAACAGGUAAGUUUAUUUGCAAUAUGCUUUAUUUUGUUGCUUGCAAACCUAGAUAUUUAGCUGCUAUUACAGUAAUGUACUUUUUUUUUGCUUGACUCUUUUGCACUUCCCCUUGAUGAGUUUGACGCAAGGUUUUUACCUCAGCGGUACGUUAUUUCUUUGUUUGCUAACAUCAAGUUGAAAUAGGAACUAAUGUAUUGAAUUUGAAUGUUUUUUUGUUGAUUUCAAUGACAAAAAGAGAAUCAAAAGAGUUGUUCUUAGAAUUUUGUUUAACUGCUGUGUCCAUAAAUAUUUUGUGUCAGUCUUGUUUUGUUUAUUUUAAUUUUUCUUUACACAUUAAUGUAUUUGGAAUAUGGACAUGUGUGAACAUUUAAUUAUUUAUAAUUCACUUACACAAGGCACAAAGUUUUGUUUACCGUUUAUUUCAUUUUCUUCCCUCUGCAUCUCAAAGUUUUUUAGUGUUUUCUUUAAAUACAAAAACUGACUUAAUAUCAAUUAAUUGAAAUAAUUUUAUUUAAUCAUUGCAUGGUUUCUUUAAUUUAAAAAAAAAACUCUACACAAAAAUUUAAGACAUGAAAACAUAUCAAGUGAAUGUAUUGUGAUUGUGAAUUAUUCACCGAAAUAGAGCUUUAUUUUUGUGACUAGAUUCGAUCACUUUUUAAGUUUUCUUGAGUGAGUUCUGCACCGUGGACCAAUCACAUGCUCUUUUUAUCAUAUUAAGCCAGGUAUUGGCCUGGAUUUUAUUUCAAAGGAUUAUCAAAUUCAAACAAUUUCUUCUCUGUUAAAGGCAUCUUUCAGAAAAUGACAACUUUUCUUCUUUUCCAGAAAUUAUCACUGCAAAAUAUGUUCAAUUUUUUAAUUUUUUAUUUUAAAUUCAACCAAAAGUGUUAAAUCAUUUGAGCUACAAAAGAAAUUUCUUCAAAUAAAAACUUGUACAAGUUUACUGUUAGUUAAAAUUGACUACAAUAUUAAUUUUUUACUUUCUCCAGCGCCUACAAUUUAAAUGUAUGUUUUUUAAAGUUUAAGUAACUACGAUGAAUAUUCAAGAGUAAAAAUUAACAAAACAACUACAUUCAGCCGAUUUAAAAAGUUCAAUCUAAUUUUACUUUCUUGAGGAUAUCAGAUAAGAGCUGUUGGUGUAUUAUCUAAAAAUAGCCUAAUAUUUGUAAUAUAUGGUGGGAAAGACAGGCAAUGACUAAGUCAAGUCAAAUAAAAUGGUUAAAAAAAAAAGAGUUUAAUAUUUUAAUUUUUAGUAGAGUUCCUAACUGCACAUUUUUUUGGUUUAAAUAAAACAUAUUGACAAUAUCAUUUUAUAUUGAAAAACGUUUGUAUUAAUAUUGAGAUUUUUAUUUUAAUGUUGCAGUAAAAUAUGUCAUCAAAUAUUUUUAAUCUAAUUCACCACUUGUUUACCAAUGUAUUUGGAUACCAUAUAUAAAAAAAUUUAUAGAAUCAUUAAAAAAAAAAUUGCCCUAAAAGUUGCUUAUGUAAAAUUAAAUGCCACCUAAUAAUGAUAUACAGCACAUCAAUGUUAGUAGGGUACUCAAAAUUUAUAACAGUAAUUUGAGAAAGCUAACAAUUCAAAUAUUUGUCCCACUUUGUUUCUAUUUUAUCCACAGAACUUCUAAAGUGUGUUCAUUAUCGUAGCGCUAUUGGUAUAAGGGAGCUCCUAUGUAAUCAAGAUUUAAGAUGCGUAAAAGAAACCUUUUAUUUUAUUUGAGUUCAAUGUAAUUUGAUGUAAUGAUGAGGCCAGACAAAUGAGUUUCCAAGUUUUCAUCAUUUCUGUUAAGAUUUUUGGCUGAAUUUGUAAAUAUGGUUUACCGGUACAUCAAUGGCUGUGAUACAGUUGUAAAAUCCAUACAUCAAGUUGUUGGAAUUAGUCAAAAGAUUGAGUUUAAAAAUGUUUUAACAAAAAUAAUUGAAAUGUUGCUUCAGAGAGUUCCAAUUUAAUAAAAUUUAACAGUUUCCAAAAAGUAUAUAAAGACUACAUUGUGACAUUGUCAUACUUGAAAUUGAUAAUUAUGAUUUGAUUUCGGAAGAUUUUUCAUGCAAAAAUAACUUCCAAUAAUUAAUGACCUAAAAAAACAGAAAUUGAUGUUUCUAAGAAAUUGUGGAGUUGAUUUAUUACAGUGAAAACAUACAGAAGUAUGAACAAUUUGUUCAUCUCCAAGUACAAGGUGUCAUGAGCAUAUGUAUGAUGUUAAUUAGAGAAAUCAUUCUUGGAAUUGGGUUUAUAAAAUGGUUCUUUGAAGGAUUGGUAUCUUUUGUAACCAGUGCUGUUGUUGCAUGAUAUCUCUUAGACAUAUUUAAUUAAUUCACUGUACUUAUUGUGACAACAUUGAUUGCAACAUGAUAACUUUUAGACAUGUUUAAUUAAUUCACAGUACUUAUUUUGACACCAUUGAUUACAGUCCAAAUUUACAGCCCAGUCUUGAAAUUACCAACUUCAUGGAUUUUUUCAAUAUUUCACUACCAAUUCUCAAAGAAAAUUAAAUUAUUUCCUGUAGUCAUAAUGAUUGAUAUAAUUUUUCUACACAUUUAUAUUAACAUUAUAGUAUGCAAAUCAUAUUCAUAUAUUCCAAGAAAUGUUGGAAUUUUUACAGUUGAGGAUUAAUGUAUUAAAGCCAACUUAUAUGAAAUUAUGUAUGUUUAUUCGUUAUUGAGUUAUAAUGACAAUCUUCAUAUGAUGCAAGAUAUAUUUUCUCUGUUCUUAAAUUCUGAUCAAGUCACUAUUGAGCACACCUCAUUACAUUGGAAGAUUAUUUUGUGCUUUAAAUAGUCAAAUGAAGAAUGUGCAGUUUAGUUUUUUUUCUUAAAUGCUUGUAAAAUAAGAGACUGUGCUUUAUAAGAUUAUUCUUAUAAUUCAAAAAAAAAAGGUAAAGUCCCAAUGACAAUAUGAUCAUUUGAUGUUUCUAAAAUUAUUUAUUUUUUUCUGUUUCGUGUUAUUAAAUAUCUUUGAAAUGUACAAUCUUUUAGCUUGAAAAAAAAAAAACAAGUGAGAAAAAAAAUGUAGAAUUUUGUAGGUAUCUGGAUGUCAAACAAAGAGUUAACAAAGGUGUGUUAACAUCUAUCUUGUGUUCAACUCCCAACUCUCCGUCCAAGAAUGUCUGCAUUUUUAACAUGUUAUUUGUACAAUAAAUGCAGAUUUUAUUCUGAUUAUGGUGAUUUAUUUAUAUUUUCCAAAAUUUUUUUUUUUCAAAUAAAACUUUCUUCUAUAAUUCUACAGAAUAUUAAUUUCAAAUGCUCUCCUCAUGUUGUUUUUGUUUACAUUGUUAUGGUAACAAGAAGAGCCAACUGUGAUAUUUUAUUCUCAUUACUGUAUAUUUGUCUUUUAUCAUUCUGGUUAUAGUUAGUUAAUUUAAAACAUGACCUUUGCUUGCAUCCUAACAAUAGCUUGUCAUUUUUUACUUGCUUUAUUCACCUGGUUUUUUUUUACAAAGGGAAACAUUUUGGAAUUUUUAAGAAUAUAAACAUACAAUUUUGUGUCUAUAAAUAAAUUGUUGUCUUAUUGCCAAUGGGAGUACUGCCAAGUUCGUUUGGCAUUCUUCAAUUCUUUAUAGUUUGCCAACCAACUGAUAUUGUUUAAAUUUUUUCAUAAUCUCAUGAGGCCCUCUUGAAGUUACUAGGUUAAAAAUUGUAACUGACGCCACCUGCACGCGUCGUCUGUUUGGGAAGAGAAGAUUGUAUUCUGGUUAUGGACAACUAAUUUUAAUAAGCAAAAUAACAGUAAUCGAGCGAUUUAUUUCCCCAUUCUGCUUAUUCCGAAAGCAAGUACUGACGCCACCUGCACGCGUCGUCUGGGAAGAGAAGAUUGUAUUCUGGUUAUGGACAACUAAUUUCAUUAAGCAAAAUAAGAGUAAUCAAGUGAAUUAUUUCCCCUUUCUGCUUAUUCCGAAAGCAAGUGAAAAUGGCUUUUUUUUUUUUUUUUUUUUUUUUGUUUUUUUUAAGAGAAUUUGAGUUCUUUUUUGUUUUUUUCUGUCAACAAAAUCAAUUUAAUAAUAUUAUUCUUGUUAUAUUUUCUUUUUUUUUUUUUUUGCUUUGUUUUUUCUAAGAGAAUUCGAGUCCUAUAUUGUUCUAUACUGUCAACAAAAUCAGUUUAAUAAUGAAAUUCAGUCACACCUCUGAGAAAUGGCUAAAUUUUUGUUAUUGAAAUAGAUACUUAACAUACUCACUUAGAAUUAAAAAGUUGUCAUCUUUAAUUAAACGUCAAUCACUGUCAUUUGUGUGAGAGACAAAUAUAUCGUAGUUGUCCUUAAAAUGAUCUCGUCCUGUCACUCUGUUACAACAAAAAUGAGUUGGAAAUGUAAGAUUGUGUUAAUCUUUUCCAAAUCAUUUCUCAACCAAUCCCCAGAAGUGUCAAAAUUUUUCAGGCUCUGAACUGAAAGUCUGACUUUUAAACUUUAAGUUACUUAUUUCCAUUGUGUUCCCAGUGCCAAAACACAUUGGUCUAAGUUUCACAUGACAGAAAAACGUGAAAGAUUAGAUUACCCAUGAAUGAUAUGAACUCUCUUGGCAGUUUCUGUUACUGACUUACAUACAGUCAAUGGAACAUAACAUACACUUUGAGAAUAAAAGGGUAACCCCCUCAAGCCAGCGACGGCAACUAAAACAAAAUAAAACUUGAACAACCUUUGCCUAUUUAAGCAUAAGUUACAAUAGUUCUUUUACUCCUUCACCAGUUAUUUAUGGCUGAUGCAAAUGUAUUUCUGUUUUCAGUGAAGGAACUAUAUGCAUGGAAGUUUUGAGGUUUGAAAAGCAGAUGCUGGACAAACAAGUGAGGGCAAUUUGGUUCAUUAUUUUUUGGUCUUUUUUAUCUUACAUUAUUUAACUCUUGACGUGAAUCAACUGAGUUAUCUGCUCUUCUGCUUCCUUAUGUUAAACAUCAUGCACAACUUACAAAGAAAUCAACUAAUUCAUUUGUUGUUUUUUAUUUCUUGACUUGAAGAGAGAUUUUGAAGGGUUUGGCGGAUCUUUCCAUUAACAAUUUUCCAGCCAUCUCUGCUAGUAGAAUAAAAUAUUUAUCAAUAAUACCAAUUUUAUGGUUACGUUGAGGUCAUUUCAUUUACUUUUAUCGCUCUAUUUCAAAGAAUUAAUCCUAAUUGACUGAUAACUCUGUGGACUAGGAAUAUAUCAAUGUAUUAACUAUGUAUUCCUAGUUCCUUUAGAUAUCAGUAAAUAUCAGAGCGUUUCUCUUUGUUUUUGUCAACAAGAAAAAUGGUUGUCAUAUAUUAUUUCUGAUUCUGUCCACUGCAGAUAUUCCAGCUGAAAGACAGCCUUAGCCUAACCCAGACCCAGGCUCUCAAACACAAAAGUGCAUUAAUAGAGGAGAAACUAGAACUCCAACAGAAGAGACUGAGAGAAGGUGGCAUAGAAGCCUGGAAAGGUACCGUAUUUAAAUAGUCUGGGACUGAGAGAAGGCGGCAUUAAUAGUCUGGGACUGAGAGAAGUGGUAUAGAAGCAUGGAAAGAUAUAUGAAUAGUCUGGUACUGAGAGCAUGUGUCAUAGAGGCCUGGAAAGAUAUUUAAUAGGCUGGAAGAAAGGAAUUUUAAGACUUAACUUUUUAAAACAAAACUUGCACAUUGAAUGUUUUAAUUGCUGAUAUUAUAUAUUAUAUUAUAAUUACAAAGGACAUAUUUAGAAAUGUAUUAAUAUUUGUAUCAUGGUUGAACUUGAAUUUGCCUACUGGUCAAUAAGACAAUAUUUAUGUUAUUAAAACUAUUGCCAUCCUAAAUGACAGUUUAAUUUAUGAUGACUUUGCUGCCAUUCAUUGGUUUAUUAAACUUCUCCAAUAAUCUAUUUGAAAGCCUACCUGGCAGCUGUGCAAAAAGAAGCCAUAGGCCUUGAACAGGAAGCCAGACAAUAUGCAAAACUUGGUGAGAUGCAGAAAGCUGAGUUGUUCAUGAAUAAGAAAAAAUAUGCUGAAAAGGAGGUAAAAUAAUGAUUUUCUAUCAUUAAAAAACUAUUUUUUAAUGAAACAAACAAUGAACUUAGUUUUAAUUUUUAAUAUCAUGUACACACCGUGCUGUGAAGGUAAAUUUCUCUAGACAAACUUGUCAAAAAGCAGCAGUUAGAAUGCAGUCAAUUCAGUUGUGUUAUUUUCAUGCUCUCAAAACAUCAUCAAUAUUCAGUUGGACAUAACUCAUUUGUAGCAUAUACCCAGAACAGAAGAAGAAUUAAGUGUCAUUUCAAAAGUUAAUGGAGAAAGAACCUUAUUGUCACAGGCAGUGUCUUGUUAAAAUUUUUGUUGAAUUUGAAGAGUUAAAGUCUUCUUCCGUGGCCAGAGUUUAAAAAUAUAUAUAUAUUUUUAAUGAUCACAACUCAAGUUCUUAAAAUAUAAAAUAUAUAUAAACAGGCUUUUUAAACAGGCUUGCUUUGCCCUUGUAGAUGAUGCUAACUUUAGUUCUAGAGGUGCUUUAAAAACAAGUUAAGUGUUUAUGAAAUCAAAAACUUUUUUUAAUCUUCAGAUGGCUGCAGUCAGAGCAAAAUUUCCAGGGGCCUAAAUAUGAUGAGUCAUCUACCUUAACCCUUGAACCAAUCAAUCACAACUGUAUAUAUAAGGAUUUUGAAUAAUUUAUUUGUUUUUUUUUUUAAAUUUAUAAUUAAACAGAGAUAAUUGGAUUAAGUUUCUGUGAAGUCUCAGAUAAGUCGUCUGCAAUUUUACAGUAAACUAGGAACAUGUUGUUAGCAAAUGUGUCUUGUACAGGCAGUCUUUGGGUUACAAACCAGACAAAGGCCUAAUAAUGUCCUCAGGUGAGAUUCAUUUCUAACUCAUUUUCCUUAAUUUAAAAAAAAUAAAUAAAAAUGGUAUAACAGUACAAUUGAGGGGUCAGUGUCAGGGUGUGUAAAGACCUGGACAAUCAGGUUCAUUUGCAUUAUUAUCAGCAUUGAUUAUUGUGAUGAUGGUGUAAAUAUGUUUUGAAAUGAAGAUGGGGCACUGCUCUAUAAAAAGAUUAGAACCCCAGCUAUAAAGACUCAUAAGUGGUCAUAUAUUCCAAAAAAGAAAUGCUUUAUUUAUAAUUGUUCAUAAUAUUAUUUUAAAAGCCAACCAGAUGGUAGAACAAAAAACAUCUGCAGGUUUUCAUGUGAAAUGUGUUAGCUGUACUGUCAGGAUCAAUUUUAUAUUUCACUCAUGGAGGUCCCUAUAAAAAUUAAUUGAAGAAACUAAGUUCCCGAAUUAUUAUUGGCAUUCUAAAUUAGCCUUGGCUGCCUGUUCAGAGGUACCCAAAAACUUAAUUGAACUCAAAGACAUCAUUUGUUUAAAAUAAAAUCUUUUCCAUUAAAAGAAACAUUAUCUAACAUAUUGGUUUCAAAAAGUAAAUUUGUCAUUCGCAUUAUCCUAACAAAAAUCUGUUCAUAAAAAAAAUGGAACAAAGAUAUUAAUUUUUUUUUUUAAAGGAAAAGCAAAUCUCAAUAUUCCAAUUAAAAAGUACAAUGACCAGAAGUACAACAGAAUGUUUCAUCUUUCAAAGUUAUUGUUUUUUGUUGUUGUUGUUUUUAGUUUUUCCUCAAAGAAAGUAUACCGAAGAACUCAGUCGUGGUACCAUUUAAGAUGAACAUUCCUUCAGUCAAAUUAAGCACUUUUAAAAAAAUAGGUUUGUAAUUGAAUGUGAUUAUUUCCGGUAUUAAUGAAAUGUUGUUUUUGUCAAAAUAAAUCACUAAACUGGUAGCAAGAGCAGACAAUAAGUUGAGGAAAUUUAUUUUUAAAAUUAUAAACAUUUUAGUCUUAUGGUAAAAUACCACAAACAGUGAUGCAACGUGUCGUCUUAUAUGUAGAACAUAUCAACUGAGCUGUAGAAAGACUUUAUUUAUGUGUGUUGUGUUCAUUUAUGUCUUAUGUUGUCUAUUGUUAUGUUAAAGUUCUGUUCAGAAGUAUGUUUCUAAUAAAUUGAUAAAAACGCCAUG